GCAAGUAUUCGUAAAACUUCACUUGUAUUUGGAAUUGAACCAAAGCAGUUUUGUGAUUGGCGUUCAAAAAAAAAUGAGUUGAUGCUUACACAUUCACAUAUCCGCCGGCUAAAUACUGGCCCUCGCCCAAAGUAUCCUGAACUAGAAGUUGAAUUAAAUAAUUGGAUACGCGCAUUGCGAGCUAAACUUAAAGUAGUUACAUGCAAUAUGGUCCAAGUUAAAGCAAAAACUUUGGCAUGA